AACAAAAAGGACCCUGAAUUCGAAAUCACAAACCAAAUCAAAUCAAUUCAAAGAACGAGCUGUCUGACUCCUCAAUCUCGUUCUUCGAUCAAAUCUCCAUCUCUGUUCUUCUGCAUCUAUAUCAUCAAAAUCUAUAUAUAUUUCUCUCUGUUUGCAUACAUUCAAAUUCAAACUCCUUCGAUCGGUUCGUGAAUGGAAGCAAUUAGAAAACAAGCCUCUAGACUCAGAGAACAGGUCGCUCGUCAACAGCAGGCUGUCCUUAAGCAGUUUGGGGCAGGGGGAUAUGGAGGUCCAGACAAUGUUAUGAAUAAUGAUGGCGAGUUCCAACAGCAUCAGAAACUUGAGAAGCUUUACAUAUCCACUCGUGCAGCCAAGCAUUUCCAAAGGGACAUUGUUCGUGGUGUUGAAGGUUAUAUAGUUACUGGGUCCAAACAAGUUGAGAUUGGAACUAAGUUAUCAGAAGAUAGCAGGAAAUAUGGUGUUGAGAAUACUUGUACUAGUGGUAAUACCUUAUCAAAAGCCUCAACCAGUUUUGCACGAGCUCGUGCUCAAAUGGAGAAGGAACAUGGAAAUCUUUUAAAAGCCUUUGGCACCCAGGUUGCAGAACCAUUAAGAGCAAUGGUAAUGGGAGCUCCUUUAGAAGAUGCUCGUCAUCUUGCUCAACGAUAUGAUAGAAUGCGACAAGAGGCUGAAGCUCAGGCUGUUGAACUUUCCCGAAGACAAGCAAAACUAAGAGAAGGAACUGGCACCCCUGAAAUGGCUUUGAAGCUAGAAGCAUUUGAAUCUAAAUUGCAAGAUCUGAAGUCCAAUGUGGCUACGCUAGGGAAAGAAGCUGCAGCAGCUAUGGCUGCUGUAGAGGCUCAACAACAGAGGUUAACACUGCAACGAUUAAUAGCCAUGGUUGAAGCAGAACGUGCUUACCAUCAGCGAGUUCUUCAAAUACUUGAUCAGUUAGGAGGCGAGAUGAUGUCAGAGCGCCAAAGAAUUGAAGCAGCUCCUGCUCCAAGCAUGGACAGUAUGCCUCAACCUCCAUCAUAUGAAGAAGUAAAUGACAUAUCUACUACACCAGUGCAAAACGGGUCAACAGAUAGCAUGGGUUACUUUCUAGGCGAAGUCAUGUACACAUAUCAAGCUGAAUCUGAUGUGGAGCUUAAUUUGUCAAUUGGAGAUUAUGUAGUUGUUCGAAAGGUUUCAAACAAUGGCUGGGCUGAAGGUGAAUGCAAAGGAAAAGCCGGUUGGUUUCCAUUUGGGUACAUCGAAAGACGAGAGCGUGUUCUUGCAAGCAAGGUAGCUGAAGUUUUCUAAACUGUUGUGCUAGUCUGAGUUUUAACGAGUUUUGUUGCAGUUGUGUAUCCCAUGAUAUAUACGCAUUCAAUGUUGUCGAGUACAUGAAGAAAAGACCACUUGUCUGCACCUAAUGUGUUAACAUAUGAAUAACCAUCUACCGUUUGUUCUUAACCGUUGAUGUAUUGCCUGUUGUCAUGUUUUUGUUCGAUUUUGUUUAAAGGUUUUAUUUUAUGUGGAGAGAGUAGAGACCAUGUUCAUUUGUUGUGUUGAAAUUGCUAUUCUAAACUGUUCACUUGCGAACGUAUGUAACCUCAUAGCAAUAGUACUUCGGGAGUGGUUAUUCCACACCCUCAGACUUGUACUUAGUUACAUAUCUUUCCGAAGAGACUGUUAUGGCUGCCUGUGUUUUAA